AUGGUGGGGGGCCAGGCGCUAUGCUGCCGAGACAGUGGCUCGCUGCAGCCGUGCCUCUGCCACGGACCCCAGGCCAGCUCCGGCCUCCUGGCCGUGCCGCAUGGCUUUGUCCACGACCGCACCACAGCGCAGAGCCCCGCCGGUGCCCAGCGUGGUGCCAAGCAGCAGGAUAGCCUCCCACCCCGGGGCUCUGCGGGGCGCCUGGCAGCCCCCCCGGCUCUGCCGCUCGCUGCAUGUCCCCAGCUUCAUUUGCUGCCCGUGGUCCCACGCCGCCCGCAAGGCACCCGACACCCCGGCUGGGUGCGGGCACCCAAGGGUGCCCAAGCAGGAGGCGGCUGUGCCAGGCGGGAGCUGGCCGGGGUGGGCAUGGGCAACGGGGGUCCCGCGGGUGCUCAGCAAAGCGCGACCGUGGCCAACCCGGUGUCCGGCGCGUCCCCAGACCUCCUGCCGCACUUCCAGCUGGAGCCGGAGGACGUCUACAUCGUGAAGAACAAGGCGGUGAGCCUGGCCUGCCGCGCCACCCCCGCCACCCAGAUCUACUUCAAGUGCAACGGCGAGUGGGUGCACCAGGGUGACCAUGUCACGCAGCACAGCACCGACCAUGGCACCGGGCUGCCGGUGAUGGAGGUGCGCAUCGAGGUCACCCGCCAGCAAGUGGAGAAGAUCUUUGGACUGGAGGAAUACUGGUGCCAGUGCGUGGCCUGGAGCUCCUCCGGCACCACCAAGAGCCAGAAAGCCUUCGUGCGCAUCGCCUAUCUGCGCAAGAACUUCGAGCAGGAACCGACAGCCAGGGAGGUCUCCAUCGAGCAGGGCAUCGUGCUGCCAUGCCGCCCUCCCGAGGGCAUCCCCCCCGCCGAGGUGGAGUGGCUGCGCAACGAGGAGCUGGUGGACCCGGCGCUGGACGCCAACGUCUACGUGACGCCGGAGCACAGCCUGGUGCUGCGGCAGGCUCGCCUGGCCGACACCGCCAACUACACCUGCGUGGCCAAAAACAUUGUGGCCCGUCGCCGCAGCGCCUCCGCCGCCAUCACCGUCUACGUGAACGGCGGCUGGUCGACGUGGACGCAGUGGUCGGGCUGCAGCACCAGCUGUGGACGGGGUUGGCAGAAGCGGAGCCGGACCUGCACCAACCCCACGCCCCUCAACGGGGGGGCUUUCUGUGAGGGCCAAAACGUGCAGAAAACCGCCUGCACCACCCUCUGCCCAGUGGACGGCGCCUGGUCGGAGUGGAGCAAGUGGUCGGUGUGCGGGACCGAGUGCACCCACUGGCGGAGUCGGGAGUGCUCGGAGCCGGCGCCACGCAACGGGGGCCGGGAUUGCCGCGGCCCCGAGCUGGACACCCGCAACUGCACCUCUGAGCUCUGCAGCCACGCCGCCUCCGGCGCAGAGGACGUGGCGCUGUACGUGGGGCUGGUGGCCGUGGCUGUGUGCCUGGUGCUGCUGCUGCUGGUGGGGGUGCUGGUGUACUGCCGCAAGAAGGGGGGCCUGGACGCCGACGUAGCCGACUCCUCCAUCCUCACCGCCGGCUUCCAGCCCGUCAGCAUCAAGCCCAGCAAGGCCGACAACCCCAGCCUGCUCACCAUCCAGCCCGACCUCAGCACCACCACCAUGACCUACCAGGGCUCGCUCUGCCCGCGCCAGGAUGGCCCCGCCAAGCUCCAGCUGCCCAGCGGGCACCUGCUGAGCCCGCUGGGUGCCGGACGGCACACACUGCACCACAGCUCGCCCGCCGCCGAGGGUGCCGACUUCGUGGCCCGGCUCUCCACCCAGAGCUACUUUCGUUCCCUGCCCCGCGGCACCACCAACAUGGCUUACGGCACCUUCAACUUCUUGGGGGGGCGGCUCAUGAUCCCCAACACAGGUAUCAGCCUGCUCAUCCCGCCCGAUGCCAUCCCACGGGGGAAGAUCUACGAGGUCUACCUGACCCUGCACAAGCAGGAGGAGGUGAGGUUGCCCCUGGCUGGCUGCCAGACGCUGCUGAGCCCCAUCGUCAGCUGUGGACCCCCUGGGGUCCUCCUCACCCGCCCCGCCAUCCUGGCCAUGGGUCACUGCGUGGAGGCCAGCGCUGAGAACUGGAGCAUCCGACUGAAGAAGCAGUCGUGCGAGGGCACGUGGGAGGACGUGCUGCAGCUGGGCGCCGAGCCGUGCACGGAGCUUUACUACUGCCAGCUGGAAGCGCAGGCUUGCUACGUCUUCACGGAGCAGCUGGGACGCUUUGCCCUGGUCGGGGAGUCCCUCAGCAUGGCGGCCUCCAAGCGCCUCAAGCUGGUCCUGUUCGCACCGGCCGCCUGCCCCUCGCUCGAGUACAACAUCCGCGUCUACUGCCUCAGCGACACCCAGGAUGUCCUCAAGGACAGCUACCACAACCUGCGCCUCUCCAUCCACGACAUGCCCAGCUCCCUCUGGAAGAGCAAGCUCCUUGCCAGUUACCAGGUACCCACCCACCCAUCGCCCCGCCGCAGGAGAUCCCUUUCUACCACAUCUGGAGCGGGCUGCAACCCUUCCUGCACUGCACCUUCACCCUGGAGCGCCUGA